AUGCCUACUGACGAUCCUGCGAUCAACUACGCCCUGCAGAUGGCGCCGCAAGCCAAAGGCUAUGCUCUCUUCAAUCCUUAUCCUGGACAGUAUCUCGAUAAGGAAGGCCAUUACGUUCGGAAUCCGCGCGUCGACAUCGGGGACGUCGGUUAUAUCGAGCAGGGUUGCUUUGUUUCUCUCUUCAACAUCCACCGGGAAGAGAAGGAUUCUCUGCAGACCUUCGGCGUUCCUCGCUCGUUCGAACACAUUCCACCCGAUGGACGUUUCUUACACCGCCACCCUGGCCCUACCCCGCGCAGGAUGCACAGCCACUCGUCUACGACGUUCAGUCUUGGAGGUGGUGCCUCUGCACCCGGCACAACGUUGAAGGCAUCUUGGGAGUUCGACCAUGAGCGCGGGGCGACGUUGGCCUACUUCGAUCAACACGAGAUGUGCGACGCUCGCAACGUUAACCUCUACAAGAGAUACUUCCGAAGACACUGGAGGUUCUGGGUCGAGUUCCUCGAAAAGCUCGAUAUCGGUCGUCAGAUUGAAGAUCUCGUAUUAGUUACUGGCUGCGACCGUACACGUGCAUGGGCGACCCUAGUGAGCGAGAGCCACUCCGCUAAAGCGAAGCUUAUUCUCGAUGUGGACACGUCAUUCGGUCCUUCAUUCUCGCUUACAGGCUCCGUGGGAUGGAAUCGGUCCGUCGUCGUACCCUCGAAAUCCGGACCACCUCCGGAAGAGCUCGCAGUCUCGACUCGAACCAUGCUGGCCACGAUGCGCGACGAAGAUCUUAAUAUAGCCGGCAGCAGUCAACUUACCACGCGCGACCUGCCACAGACCAAAGAUGACGCCCAAAUAUCUCCUAUCAGCGUGCCGGCAGAUCAGUGCAUGUUUGUGCGCGGGGUGCAGGGCGUGCCCUAUCUUGGCGGCGCAAUUCUCCGGCUGAAGGGAGGCGCAACCCUCGAUAACCCUAGAGGCGAAUCCGUUUCGAAUACGGACGAUAGUGUCGGUCUCUUAGCAAACCUGGAUAAUGGUCCUGAUCACCAUGGGAUCGAUGAGGUUAGUGUAGUACGAGAACUCCCCGGGUCUCCCUCAAGAAAGAGUGGAAGUCUGUUAGCUAUGGCUCUCCAGAUAGUGAUUGACCAUUAUGAGCCGGUUUGCGACGAUGACAUCCUUCUCAUGCACGACAAUGACCUCUUUCCCUUUUUACCUCGCCCUGGGGAUGCGGAGCACGCUACCUGGUGUAACGUCGAGGAUGCUCGGUCCCAGUUAGACAGACGUAUCCGAGCCUCUCCACCUAAUAACAUUAGGCGGAAAGGGACUACGUGGGAGCAGCGAGAUGACGGUCACACAACUGUGACCGAGGUACCGUCCACACAGUCAGAUACGGGAGAUACUCCGGGUGAUGAGGCAACAGGCGUCAGCGCUAGGCCCGUGGUACCAGCGCAACCGCAGGCCUCAGCCCCAUUUCCCCCUCCCUCAAAAGAGGGGCGAUCUGGAGGCCAAGGCAGUGACGCCAUGGCUACACAAACGUUUCGCAAGCGUUUAUCGCGAGUGAUACACGCCCCUACACGACUUGUCAACUCAAUCAAGCCCCGCGUCCGUCAAAUUAGACAGAAACUCGCCGACAAACCCCGAACCCCUCUUACACCGGCAUCUGGAGCCUCACCCACACCUCCCGAGAGGCCCGUCAUAUCCUCAUUACCUAUGCAACCGCCUGAUACCCUAGUUCCUGGGCACCACGCAAGGGACCUCGUACCCGUGUUCUCUCCGGUUCUACCACCUAUCAUGCCAUCCGACGCAUCAUCUGAAGAACCAUAUGUGGCCAAAGUUCACGAGAUCGCUCGUCAGUAUCUGUUUAUGCUGUCCCAGGCCAGUCUCAAGUACGAUCAAGCGCGAACCGUGCUCAUUGACGCGCUGGGAGACAACCCGGACGCCAUAUUUCCAUUGACGCAGUUCGUAUCCUCGCUCGCGGAGGCCGUCACGGAUUUCGAUACUCAUGCAAAACAAUUACUGGAUGAUGUUGGUCAUCUAGACACAUUCACUCGCGGUAGACUUUCUUUCAAGGACAAGGAGGGGCCCAGUUUCACGGUGCAACAUCGCUUCUUGUCGGGUAGUACAACCCGUACGCAGGAUCCACCCGUAACUCCGGCCUCCCCAGCAGGCUUGCGUGAGCUUCAGGAUACUGCUACGUCCAUCGAUGUCCUCCGUCACAGUGUGGCCUCAUUGGUCACUGUAAGGAUGUCGGUCCCCCGCCUGAGUGUAUCCAACACCAGGGUCAACGUACCUUUGCAUUCUGUCGUGGAGUUUUUGCACUCUGAUCAUGGUGUAUAUAUCUUCACACUCGCCACAGUGUGCAUCUCGGCGACGGAUAAAUGGGCUUUGAAAUUCGGCUAUUUGCUUGCAUUUUUGUGGCCUUAUAUGGGGCCCUUCGUGACCGAAACCAUGCUUCCCAAGAUCGCUCAACUAGCCUUUGUUCAAGACUGA